UACAAUGUAGCCAGGGCGGCGGCGGUCAGGUGCGAUGCUAUGGAAUAUGAUGAGAAGUUGGCCCGGUUCCGGCAGGCCCACCUCAACCCCUUCAACAAGCAGCGUGGGGCAAGGCAGCAUGAGCAGAGGGCUGGUGAGGAGGCCCCAGACAUCGCUUCUGAAGAGACCCUGCCUGAGCUGGCCCCUGGGGAGCCGGAGUUCCACUGUGCCGAGCGCGUGAUGGAUCUCGGUCUGUCUGAGGACCACUUCUCCCGCCCCGUGGGUCUGUUCCUGGCCUCUGACAUCCAGCAGCUGCGGCAGGCCAUCGAGGAGUGCAAGCAGGUGAUCCUGGAGCUGCCGGAGCAGUCAGAGCGGCAGAAGGACGCCGUCGUGCGGCUCAUCCACCUCCGGCUGAAGCUCCAGGAACUAAAGGACCCCAAUGAAGAUGAGCCCAACAUUCGAGUCCUCCUGGAGCAUCGCUUCUACAAGGAGAAGAGCAAGAGUGUCAAGCAGACGUGCGACAAAUGUAACACCAUCAUCUGGGGGCUCAUCCAGACCUGGUACACCUGUACAGGGUGUUAUUAUCGCUGUCACAGCAAGUGCUUGAACCUCAUCUCCAAGCCCUGCGUGCGUUCCAAAGUCAGCCACCAAGCCGAGUACGAGCUCAACAUCUGCCCAGAGGCAGGGCUGGACAGCCAGGACUACCGGUGUGCCGAGUGCCGGGCGCCCAUCUCUCUGCGGGGUGUGCCCAGUGAGGCCCGGCAGUGUGACUACACGGGCCAGUACUACUGCAGCCACUGCCACUGGAACGACCUGGCGGUCAUCCCGGCGCGCGUGGUGCACAACUGGGACUUCGAGCCACGCAAGGUGUCCCGCUGCAGCCUGCGUUAUUUGGCGCUGAUGGUGUCUCGGCCAGUGCUCAGGCUUCGGGAGAUCAACCCUCUGCUGUUCAACUACGUGGAGGAGCUGGUGGAAAUCCGGAAGCUGCGCCAGGACAUCCUGCUCAUGAAGCCAUACUUCAUCACCUGCAAGGAAGCCAUGGAAGCGCGUCUGCUCCUGCAGCUCCAGGACCGGCAGCAUUUUGUGGAGAACGAUGAGAUGUACUCAGUCCAGGACCUCCUGGACGCGCACACGGGCCGCCUGGGCUGCUCGCUCACCGAGACCCACACGCUCUUCGCCAAGCACAUCAAGCUGGAUUGUGAGCGGUGCCAGGCCAAGGGUUUCGUAUGUGAGCUCUGCAGAGAGGGUGACGUGCUGUUCCCCUUCGACAGCCACACAUCUGUGUGCAGUGACUGCUCCGCUGUCUUCCACAGGGAUUGCUACUAUGACAACUCCACCACGUGCCCCAAGUGUGCCCGGCUCAUGUUGCGGAAGCAGUCUCUCUUCCAGGAGCCUGGUCCAGACGUGGAUGCCUAGAGCCACGGGCACCCUUCCCAAGCCUCUCUGGAGCCCACCCUACCGGUCGUUGCCAAAGUCAAGGUGUUUCUUGUGCUCUGGACACCCCUAGGGGGCAGCCCCUGGACCUCACCCACUGGGCCAGAGGGUGAAAGCACCACAAAGACCAUCAGCCCCCAGUCUUGCUGGGACUCAGGGCUGUGCCUGGCUGUUUUCUGGGUGUGCUGCUGUGAGGGCCAGAUGUGCCCCCUACCACUGCAGGGCUCCAUGGGCAGGGGAGUGGAGGAGGGUUUUUCGUCUUCCCCAUGGUGAAGAGCCCCCCAUGUCCUUGGAGCCAGGCUGCUGGGUCUUGGCUACCCUAAAAACCCUGGAGGGCUUCCGGGGAGUGGACGCCAGCUGCACACCCUCAGCCUUGGCCUGAGACUUAUCUGUAGUGGAUGACUGGGAUCUACCUGGAGGCUCCCAUCCCUCACCCCUUGUCUCUUUGGGGUCUCCUGGUUGUUCCUGGCUGAGGCUCUUUACAGGUGUCUCCCAAGGGCCUGGCCCUGCCUCCACGGUUCUCUCCCAUAGAUUAGAGGUCUGCAGAGAACAGGGAUCGACAGGGCCAGUCCAGAGGUUACCGGUUCUUUCUACGCAACAUGGAGGGAAGGGGCCAUGGAGCUCCUUCCCCUGGUGGACCAGCCGUGGCUCCUGACUGAGCCUAGCCCGGCUCACUCUGGUGCUCUGAGCUGGGUGGCUGGGGGUCCUGCCUCCAGGUGUGGCCCUGGGAGAGGUUCCAGGGUUCCAGUAGGUUUGAGUGGCAUUUCUGGGGACCAAAUUUGCCCCUGAGAUCGUCUGUCCCACUACAGUGCCUGUGGAGGAAUCCGGACAGCUCAAAGACCACCAGCCAGGGGCUUUUCUGAGGGACCCUGAGGUCCAGUGCUGGGAAUAUUUGCUCCAGUGAGUUCAGGCAGGAAGCCUAGAGUCAAUGAAGGAAGAUGAGCACGAGGUGUGUGACGCCCCAUCUGACAAAGGACCCCGGACGGAGGAUGAGGCCCACAGCGCUUCCAUGGGGGAGCUGCAGCCAACCUCGACAUCUGCAGGGAUGUUUCAUGCAUCAGAGACCCUGCCUUUGAGAGGAGGCCUGGGG